AUGACUAUCGGAGUCGCCAUCUUGGGUGGAGGAAUCUUCGCCAGGGAGGAGCAUAAGCCUGCAGUUGAGGCUGCCAAGGACCUUACUUUAAAGGCAGUUUACUCUCGAUCUGCCAAGUCAGCAAAGACUCUGGAGGUCGAUGAGUCCAAGGUCGACAUCUACUCUGACGAUUCGGGCGCUGGAAAGUCAUUAGACGACUUACUAUCACGUUCAGAUAUUGGGGCUCUCAUCAUUGCGCUGCCUAUCAAAAACCAGCCAGAAUACAUUCGGAAAGCGCUACUUGCCGGGAAACACGUCCUGUCCGAGAAGCCUGUCGCUGAAAAUGUUCAGGAUGCCGUUGAGUUAAUCAAGUGGUAUCGCUCCGAGAUAGCCCCCAAAGGAGUUACUUGGGGAGUUGCGGAAAAUGUCAGAUACACAAAUUCAUUCCUGCACGCUGCGGAGGCGGUCAAGCCUAAGGGUCGGCAAUUGACGUUUAGAUGUCGCAUGCAGACCAUGGUCCAGGGGGGGAAAUAUUUUGAAACUUCAUGGCGUAAGGUUCCUACUCACCAGGGUGGUUUCUUACUGGACGGAGGGGUUCACUUCACCGCAGCACUUCGAUUGAUGCUAGGGAAGGAUAACCCCUUGGUCUCGAUCUCGGCCCAUUCUGCUCUUCUUCAAGAGCAUCUCCCGCCCGUUGAUACAGUUGAAGCUAUUGCAAAGAGUAAGAAGGGCGCGGUCGGAACGAUCUCGAUCUCAUUCGGCACCACCGCAAAGGGAAGUGAGUGGACCGUCGCUGCCGAGAAUGGCUUUGUCAGUAUCUCUAGGAACAAGGUCACGAUUGAUGACAAAGUUGACGAGAUUGAGGACGAAAGGACUGGCGUGCCACCCGAGGUCCGCGCUUGGGGCGAAGCGCUUGCAGCUGGAAAGGCUAAUGAACAGCAAUCCCCAGAAGAGGCUCUGGCUGAUCUUGAGCUCGUUGAAGCCAUGUUAAGAAGUGGAGAGCAAGGCGGCGCUCCAGUUAAGCUGCAGUAUCAAGAGUUGUAA